AUGGAUCAGUUUAGGGCUUUGUUCUCCGUUUCUCUUGUCCUCUUUGUGUUGGUCUCUGUUUCGUUUUGUGAGGACGACAGCGACGAUCUAUUGAUCCGACAAGUGGUUAAUGUAACGGAGCCGAGAGUUUUGUCAUCGGAGGAUCACUUUGCUCUGUUCAAGAGAAAAUUCGGCAAGGUUUACGGUUCUGUUGAGGAGCAUUACCACAGAUUGUCGAUUUUCAGACGAAACCUUCUGCGAGCAAUGCAUCACCAGAGGAUGGAUCCUUUUGCUAGCCAUGGAGUUACUCAGUUUUCGGAUCUGACUCCUUCUGAGUUUCGGAGAAUGCAUUUGGGUGUCAAAGGUUUAGGCUUUAAGAUUCCCAAAGACGUUAAUCAAGCCCCGAUUCUCCCUACGCAGAAUCUUCCCAAAGAAUUUGACUGGAGAGAUCGUGGCGCUGUUACUCCCGUGAAAAACCAGGGAUCUUGUGGAUCCUGUUGGAGUUUCAGCACUACAGGUGCGCUUGAAGGUGCUCACUUCCUCGCAACUGGGAAACUCGUCAGUCUCAGUGAACAACAGCUCCUCGAUUGUGAUCACGAGUGUGAUCCAGAACAGGCAGGUUCAUGUGACUCUGGUUGCAACGGUGGGCUCAUGAACACCGCCUUUGAGUACACGCUCAAAACAGGAGGGCUCAUGCGAGAGGAAGAUUAUCCAUACACCGGCACUGAUGGUGGGACCUGCAACUUAGACAAGUCUAAUAUUGUUGCUUCUGUUUCCAACUUCAGUCUUGUCUCUAUCAACGAAGAUCAGAUCGCUGCAAAUCUUGUCCAAAACGGUCCUCUAGCUGUGGCAAUCAACGCAGGUUAUAUGCAAACCUACAUUGGAGGAGUCUCGUGCCCUUACAUAUGCUCGAGACGGCUCAACCACGGUGUCUUGUUGGUUGGUUAUGGUUCUGCCGGGUUUGCUCAAGCUAGGCUCAAGAAAAAGCCGUAUUGGAUCAUCAAAAACUCAUGGGGAGAAACUUGGGGUGAGAAUGGUUACUAUAAGCUAUGUAGAGGUCGUAACAUUUGUGGUGUUGACAGCUUGGUUUCCACCGUCGCUGUCUCCGUCUAGAGGUUUUCAUUUUCCAUUCAGACAAUCUUCAUCGCCUUGUCUUUUUUUUUUGUUUUAAACAAGUUGAAAACCUGUAAAUAAAAUUAAUGAAAUGCAUUUCUCCGUGCAAAUUCAACCUGC